GUUUAUAGUAUAUAGCUUGCUUAGAAGCUGUAAGUAGAUGUUGCAUAUUUAAUAAUGUAAAUGACCACCAAGUAUUAGGCAAUAUAGGUUAAGAAUGUGGUUAAAUUAUUAAGGGGAAAAUGGGUGUGGCUAGGAUCGAGUACAAAAUAAAUGCAAAAUAAUUCGGAGAAAAAAAGCAAAUAAAAAUUGAAAAUUAAAAUUCUGCUACAAUAUGGUGAAUACAAUAUGGCGAAUAUACAAUAUGGCGAAUAUACAAUAUGGCGAAUAUACAAUAUGGUGCAUUGUUACUAUAUAUAGCCUUGUAGUUUCCAUAAGUGUUGAUGUAAAUAGUCGAGUAGAAAAAUUUAAAAAAACACCAAAUGUAAAUAUCUAAUUCAAUUGAAUGUAAUAUUUAAAUACAGAGCAAAAAGCUAUGUUGUGGUGUGUUUGCAUGUUGAAACAGCUUGUUCUCAUUCCUUUCUUUCACAAAAUGCAGUCGUCUUUACCUUCUGACUGUUACACAUGACUUGCACAUACAUGCAGUUUACAAACACUUAGCUGUAUAUAGUUCUUUUAAUCUGUUUAUUAAAUUUAUUAUAAAACACAAGAAUUAAUUGCUUCAUACUAAUAUUCUCUUCUCUUUUUUUUAGGUGAAUCAACAUAGAUUUCUUCCUUUUUCUCAUCUUUUAGGUUUUUAUAUUUUGUCCACUAACAUAUUAUACUUUCUUUUUCUCGUUUUUUAGGUUUUUACAUUUUUAGUGUCCACUAACAUAUAUUAUAUACUUUCUUUUUCUCGUUUUUAGGUUUUUAUUAUAUUAUACUUUCUUUUUCUCUUUUUUUAAGGUGUUUCUCUUUUAGGUUCACUAACGUAUUUUAUUUUUUUUCUCUCUUUCUUAGAAUUUCUCUUUUUAGAAAUUUCUCUUUUCAGGUUUUUACUAACAUUUUCCCUUUCUAGGAAUUAACUAACAUAUUUUAUUUCUUUUCUCUCUUUCUUAGAAUUUCUCUUUUUAGGAAUUUCUCUUUUCAGGUUUUUACUAACAUUUUUCCUUCCUAGGAUUUAACAUUUUCCCUUUCUAGGAUUUAAUUAAUAAUUUCUGUACAUUUUAUCUGAAAUGAAUGCAUAAAUUUGUGAUAAAACUUGUAAAUGCAUUCAUUUUUUCAAUAAAAAUAAAAAUCUCUCUGUCUCUGUGUUCUCACUACAUAUAUAUAGAUGAAAAAAUAAUUUUUUUGUAAAUAUUUUUAUAUAAAUAAAAGUCGUCAGCUGUGUCUGUUGUCGUUGAUUAUUGCAUGAGAGAGGGUUUUGAAUGAAUGAAUGAACAACUUUAUUUAAAGAGGGUAGAAACACAUGACAGCAAUAUAGCUGAAAAACCUGUGGCCCUCAUAUACAAUACAUACAAAGUUAUUAAUUCUACUUUAAAGCGUCUAAAAGCUACUUAGAGUAAAUAUGUAAAAGAUCUUAGGAUUAUAAAUUUAUAUAUACAAAUUAUAUACAGUACAACUUGAUGGUACGUCACAAUAAUAAUUCGAAGUGAUCGAUGCCCUUAUAAGAUUCUAAGAAGUAUUUUUUAAGGGCAAACUUAAAGGAAUUAACGCUAGGUUUUGUCUUAAUAUCCUUCGGGAGAUUGUUCCAUAUUUUAAUGCUGCUGACCGUUACAGAUUUUCCUCCCUCAGUUGCAUAAUUAUAUUUAGGACACACUAAAUUAUAUUCGCCAUGACGAGUUUGUCUACCAUUAAUUUCAUUGUUUGUUUUAAAUAAGUCCUUAAUAUAUUGUGGAGCUUGAUCAUGCAGGCUCUUGUAAAUACUAAAGUGUUUUCCUCCGGGCUGCCCGGUUUCCCUCUCUAUAUACUUACACCCUUUUCUGAUUGGCUUUGACAUACAACAUGCUACAAGUCUGAAUAAGUUGCAUUACAUUAAAGAUGCGGUACAGUUCGUAUGUAAACAAAGGCUUUGUUUACAUUUCGGUAUCCAAAAUAUUGAAUUUUAUUCAACAACUAUUUAUAUUUUCAUGAUUCUAGAGUAUAAUAAAUUAUCAAGAGACAACAAUUAAGCUUUGCAAGAACAUAAAAUGAAAUAGAAACCUAAAUAAACUGUUUGUAAAUAAAAAGAGGGCUCCUUUGUGCACAUGCGCAGGUCGGACUGUACCGCAUCUUUAAUAAAAAACUCAAUAUAUAGAACCAACUUUUCUUGAUAGUUGAUACUGUAUGCAAACAUAUGUGCACACACUAAAAUGAAAACCAAAAUAAAAAAGUGUCCACGUUUCGGAACCAAGACUGGUUAUAGGGUUAGAUCCCCAGUGAGUGUGCACUGAUUCUCAAUUCUAAUAUUCUAGUCUCUUAUUGGUUGAAUGUUUAUCUGACUGUACUGCAGGCAUCAAUAUGAAAGGCUAAUAAUUUUGGUCAUGAUGCAUGAGAACGAGGCUCCCGGUGGUACCCAGAUCUGGGGCCAGUUGUUCAAAAGCCGGUUAGUCUAUUUAAACCCUGGGUUAACACAAAUCUACAAAUUAAAUUUUCCAACAGCUCAUCAAUCAAGUUGAAUAUGUUUUUCCAGAAAUCUUUUCUGGUUCAAAAGAGGUUUUAUUUUCUAAAGUUUGGAAACGAAUGAUCAUGCAGAAAUUGAGAAAUACAUAAAUAAAAACAGCUGGUUAAAAUUUAACCCAGGGUACGUUGGCCCCUGGUCUUUGUGUUCACAAAAAUACUGUUCCCGAUAAAUAACUGUUAAAUAUUUACCCACUUUAGCUACUUAACCAUAUAGCAUAUCAAACGAAGAAUCUUUUCGCCAUAAAUGUCAAAUAAAAGAAAAUUUUAUUUCAAGAAAUAAAUUCAGUAGAAAUUAUGCUGAAUAAAUUAUACAACCCGUUCGCGGGCUAAAUUCAAAAUGGCGCUUCACUGUUAACGCUAGAUCAUUGUAAACAGCAGUUUUUAAAUGGGAAAUUCUCGCAAAAUGUAAGAUAUUUGACAAUGAAAACUUCUAAUUUUUGUUGGUCAUGAGUUCUUCGUUAGAAAGUGUGAAAAAGACAAAGAAAGUGCCUUUAAAUGGAGCAAAAAAUCCAGGAAGGUGAGAAUUGGGCCACCCCAACCCCCCCCCGCCUCCCCCCAAUUGAAGGGUGUGGACAUCUAAUGGGGGAGGAGGGAUCUUCAUCUUAAAUUUUCCUAGAGGAUAGCUUGAGAGAUUUAAAAAUAUGGCAAAAAUUACCAAGAUAUCCUCUGGGGUAACUUCCACAAUUAAAUUGCAUCCAAGGGGGUUCCAAAUUUUUUAUAUCCGAAUGGGAUUAUGAAGGGACCCCUCAAUAGGGGGGGGGGGGUGCCUAUAUUAAAUGGAAUGGCCCAUUUUGCUCAAUGUUGUAUUUAAUUGUGAAAAUAUAUGUAUAAAUCACAAGGUUUAAAAUGGGCAUACAAUUAUAGGUGAAGCCAGUUUUAAAAAUGACAUUGAUUUUGGAGUUUGUUCGAGUUGUACUCUUGUACAUAAGUAUGUUGUCGCAGGUCGCACUGUGACUGUGAGGCAUUUUUGAAAUCAUUUUAUGUUUUGUUGUCUGUUAAGUUUAGUUAUGGCCUUAGAAAUAAUUUGGCUUGGCUCUUGUAUGAACCAGCUAGACAAGGUAUGUUUUAUAGUGUUGAACUCGAAGAACGAUUUUCAACUAUGAUUUACAAUGCAAAUUAUGUUUUACCGUAUUUGAUGUUGUACGUGUUACAAGUCGUCGUUGAAAAAUGCCUUGUGUCACAUUGCCUUUAAAGAUGAUGUCCACUCCUGUGCGCAUGCGCGAACUUUGUUUACGUUUUGAACCGCUAUAUUUGUAAAAUAUGAUAUACUGAAUAUCUAACACUUUUCUGGUUUGCUAUGUUUGUAAAUCAAUAUAAACUCUAUGUUUCAAUUCAAAAAAGUUUGAAAGAUGCAAAAUUUAGGUUUAUAUCUGAGGGUUCACCUUUGUUAUGAGCAGAACUGAUGUGCAGAAUGGAGUGGAAAUCAUCUUUAAGAUGAAAUAGUAUUAACAAGUGUGAUUUGAUGGGUUUCACUAUGUGUUGAAGGGUAACAGAUGGUGAUUAACUUCAGAAUUUUGACACUUUUAGCAGAGCUGCAAAAUUGCUGCUCAAAACUGAAUUAAUCACACUUAAUUACAAUAGACCUCACCGAUUAUUCUCUUUUACCCAAUGGCCUCAUUUCCAUGUUGACUUAUUUUAGCAUGUCAGGGGCAGAUAAAGAUUAUAUUAAAUCCCAUGUUUUCCUGGACGAAUUUGUUUCUUGCUGUUCUUAGGCUCAAUAACAAAGUAAGAAAACGAGGUCAUUGGGUGAAAAGUGAAUAAACGGCAAGGUCUAUUAGUUGCUUUGAAAAGUAGCAAGACAAAUUAGACUACAUCACUCAAUUCUACCAGUUGACAAGCAUUCCGUUGAUCUGUAGUUAUUAGUCGUACUGCUCGUACAAUAGUAUAUUAGAUACAGCACCUUGUCAAGACAACAUUGAGCUAAUGUGCAGGGGUGGAAAAAACAGGCGAGCAGUGCUUGCAGGAAAUGUUAAACAGCUGCAGAAAAUUCGUUUGAAUGAAGAUUCAAAAUUUGAAGGAAACCUUAACACCCAUGUCCCGCUGUGGGUGCAACAACAUAUGGUUGACAAACAUAAGGCCACAUAAAAAAAUUACUUGUUUAGCGUCCACCCAUUUUAAUUUACAAAAUUCUGCUAAAUACAGGAAAUCCAGUAUAUUACCACAGUCAAAACUCACUUUAAUUCUUUCAAAAUCCGUUCAUGUUUUUUAAUGCCGUUCAUGUUUUUAACAAAACAGAAAAUUACCGUUUGGCGGUCACGCGCGAACACUUUAGCUGCGAACAGGCAUAUUCUGGGAAGGAAACUUUGUGUAAACGUAUUACAUAGCUCCCAGAAGAAUAAAAUCACCAUUUUUUCAAGUAAAACGGUCUUUUUUAUAGAGAGUUUUUGCACUAAACUCGGACAGAUUUAAAAAAAAAAAAUUAAAAAUUUGAGGUCGGGGACUUUUAUCAGGUCGGGCGGGGACGCUAUAAAACAAGUAAUUUUUUUUAUGUGGCCCAAUUCCUUGAAUUUAAAACCAUGUUCAGCUAAAACACUAUAUGUUUAUGCAGAUUUAGCACAAAAAUUCUUCGAUGGGCGUUGGUCUGCAGGAAAUUUUUGUUUCCACUCUCCAGGCUGUGCUUCCAGGAAGAAAAUUCUUUUUUCCUGCCCUGCCUGCUUCCAUUCUCUGCUGUGACCCCCAAACAACUCAUUGCUUUCACAAUUUCAUAAUAAUUUCUUACAUAUAUAAACAUCAAGAAUAAAAUAUUAUAAUAUAUCAAAACAUUCAUCAAUUCUCAUUAUUUCCAUCUUAAGAUUCGUUUAUAAGUUUUCUUAAACUCCUUAUUAUGCAGUCCAUAUAAAAAUGGGUUUAACAUACUGUUUAGAAACCCAAGGAUAAGCAAAAAUUGUUCCACGUAAAAUGGCGGAAUACUGCACGAAAGGUUGGAUUUAAAGCACGCAUUGACAUACAUACUCGUGAUAGUAUGCGGAUACCAGCACAAGAAAAACGUUCCCACGAUAAUUGCGAGUGAUUUUGCCGCCUUAACGUUUUUUCGAAGCAUCGAGGUUCCGUUUAUUGAAAACGUGCGUGAUUUGCGUUUUCCGUUAUUGUUUCUGCGUGUAACCUCCACGUUUGAAUGUGUAGAAUUCUUUCUUUCGUGCAAUAAAUCCAUUUUCGCGUGCUUGAUCUCUAUUUUUGCGUGCUUGGUAUCCAUAUUUGCGUGCGUGGAAUCUUUUCUUUCGUGCUCAAUUUUGUGAUUCGCGUCUUCGUCUUUCUUACCAACGUGUGGAAAUUUGUGAUUCGCGUGCGGAGGGCUCAAGUACGUGUGGUUACCAUUGUGGUGCGUUUCCAACUGAAUCGGGGAACACGAACCUGCUCUUGAUGAUCUUCGACUAUUAUUAGUUGAAUGUAUCAUCCCAUUUAGAGAAGCUCUAUCGUUUAGAGUCACGCUUUCCAAGCGGUGAAUCCUUCUUAUAUGUCCUCGGGCUAUUAGAUAAAUUUUGAAAUAUAUCGCUGUCAUUAUCAGAGGUGGAAUAACAAAAUUCAAGACAGACAUCAUUACGGAAUAGUGCCAGGCAAUAUCAAACGAACAAGCGUCAGCGGUACUAUUACUUGCAGUACAGUUACUUGGUGUUGUAGUUGGCCAUGGGGUUGUAUCUUUCCAUCCCAUCAAUGGUAAAAAAGCCAUCAGGGUUGAAUAGACCCAUAUGAAUGUGAUCAUCAUUGACGCACGAAAUGGCGUGGUCUGUCGCUUGUAGGCGAACGGGUCACGAAUAAGCCGAAAUCGAUCUAUACUGACUGCAAGUAAGUUUAAAGUCGAGGCAGGUGCUGAGACCAGGUACACUGUGGUAUAGAAUUGACAAAAUGUUUCCCCGUAAGACCAGGAGCCUUUCUUUACGAUCAGUUCCAAAUCCCAAGGCAUCACGAAGAUCGUCGUGAUCAGAUCACUUAUAGCUAGACUUAGGAUAAAAAAAUUCGAGACCGUUCGUAAGUGUUUGUUUAUCUUGAAAGCGAGACACACCAUAGAGUUUCCUAUGAUUGAAAUAGUUAUGAUGAUUGCCAAGCAUACAAUGAAGAAAUAUCUCAUUCUUUCAGCC